UUUGUCUGCAUAUAAAAAUAAAAAUGCACAAUAGGUGCAUUCGUGUAUGUGUGAGUGAGUGCUAAAUGUUUAAAUAGUGCAUUUAAUAAGGCGUGCUGCUGCUGCAUGCUGCAUGCUGUUGCAUACAACCAACUUCACCUGAUUCAUCAUUGAUAUUUUGUGAAAAAACAACAACAAAAUUUAACUGAACAAAAUAAUAAAAUUAAAUAACCAGAAGAAGAAUCAGAAUAAGCUAAAGAAAGAAAACAAGAAGAAAAAGUAAACAAAUAAAAAAAGUGUAAUAAAAUACAUUAAGAAAAGUGUAGAAUUAUCAAGUGUAACAACAUCUGAAACAAAGUGAACAAAAUAAUUUUAUUAAAACUAAAACGAAAAAUAAUAAACAAAAAAAAAAAACAGCAUUUGCUCUGGAUUAAAUUACAUUAAAAAUAAAACCUAGAGAAAAAUUCAAUCUACUCCUGGAUAUUUGAUAGUGUCGUGUCCAACGUGCGUAUUGGAUUAAAAUUUCGGAUACCAAGAAACAAACUGCUCAAAAUAUUUAAGUUUAUAUGUUGCAACAUAUGGUUAGACAUGAAGAAACAUCAUUUGGCAGCAGUAUAAAUUUUGGUUUUUUGCUAUUAUAGAAAAUUUCCCACAAAGUUUUCAAUUUCGUUCAGGAUAAAAUUUUCAUUUACAACUUGCCACAUUUAAGUCUUCCUUCACAUAUUCACAACAACAAAAACAAACAUCAUUACAAAGGCAAAAAAGGAACAAACACACAUAGAAACAAAAACAGCAAAUAAUGUAUUUAAUUGAAUUAAGUAUCUCAAGAGGAAAUGAGUGCAAAUAUAAGAUAUACUACCCCAACAAUAACAAGAACAGCUACUAAGACGAGUGUUAAUGUAUUUGUGGCUGUAUGUGUUGAAUAUUACAACAAUGAUAUUAUGCUAAUUACCAGCUGUAAAUCCACAAACAAAUGCUGACAUUUAAAGGAGUGUCAACAUCGCCAACACCAAGCACAAAAACAAAGCAACAACCAAAACUACAGAGGCAACAGCAACUAACAGCAAUAAGAACAUCAAGCAAACGAACGACGAACAAGGACAUUAAUUAAUAACAAGUAAACGACACGAAUCCCAACACUACAAGCAACGUCGCAAAAAAAAAAAACCCAUCAACAUCAUCAUCGUUCAAGACUUCAACGUUGACGUUGUCGUCGACAUCGACUUCGACAACAUCAUCACUUCAGUACAUGGUUGUUGGUUUUGCUUUAUAACCAUUGAACAUUCCACAGGAAUUAACAAGUUGGGUGGGAAUUCAACAAGACCAACGUAACAAAACAAAAAGCAAGUGUACAACACGUACUCAGCCACCCCGUAGUUGGCCCAAAUUAAGGCCAUUUUACAGGCACUGGUGAGGAACGAGAAAAGAGCAGCAGUCAACUUAAAGCAGCAAUAACAACAGCUACAAGAAGAAAAUUAAAAAUAAAAAAGCAAUUAAUGUCUGCCUAAACAAUUUCAAUUAAACAACAACAUAAUUGCAAUCACUCAGUAUCAGUACUACGCACUCGAAAUAAUCACCUACAUCAACAUCAUCAUUUAGAAACUGGCAAUCACGACGCCCCACUACCCACAUAUUCCAUUAUGAUUCCAACAGAAAUCAGAAGACUCUCCUCCCCCUUUUACAGUAAAAAGACAAACAAAAUGACAACACACUGCCUGCGCGACUGGCUAACAAAGGUAAUAUUUGCCACAAGUCUUCUCCUGCUCUUAAAUGUACAGUCGACAGCGGGGAAUUCCGACUGGAUGCAGAGUUGCAGCAUGUGCCAUUGCCACUGGAAUUCUGGCAAAAAGACAGCCGACUGUAAGAGCCGACAAAUCUCUACCAUACCCAACGACUUGAGCAACGAAUUGCAGGUUAUCGAUCUGUCAAACAACAUGAUACCCGAACUGAGAAGAGAAGAAUUUAUGGAAGCGAGUUUGCAAAAUUUACACAAGAUCUUCUUAAGAAAUUGUACCAUACAGGAGCUUAAUCGUGAUGCCCUUAAAGGUCUUGCCAUCCUCAUCGAAUUGGAUUUAUCGCAUAACUUCAUUAAAGAACUGCACGUGGGCACAUUCAAUGGGCUAGUUAAACUGCGCAAUCUGGUAAUGAACAACAAUCAAAUCGAAGUGCUGGAAAAUCAUUUAUUUGCCGAUUUGCAUUUUCUGUCGCGGGUAGAAUUUAAAAACAACAAACUGAAACGCAUCGAUAUUCAUGCUUUUGGACAGCUGCCAGUACUUUCAGCUGUCUAUUUAGAAUCAAAUAAUCUCACAGUCCUGAGAAAGGAAACCUUUCAGCGUACACCGAAAUUGGUUCAUUUAUCACUGGCCUCAAACCCGUGGAAUUGCACAUGUGAGUUGCAGGAGUUUCGUGACUUUGCCAUUGCUCAUCGUCUCUAUACCCCACCCACAGAUUGCAAUGAGCCCAAGCAGUUGAAGGGAAAAUUGUGGAAUGAAAUACCAUCGGAAAACUUUGCCUGCAUGCCUAGAAUUUUGGGUUCAGUUAGAUCCUAUGUCGAGGCUCAAUCGGACAACAUAACGCUACCCUGUCGCAUAGAAGGCUCACCCCGACCCAAUGUUACCUGGCUGUACAACAAACGUCCCAUAAAUCCCAAUGAUCCUCGCUUUCGUAUACUCAAUUCGAUCGAACAACAACGCUCCGAAAGUACCAAUAUGCUCAAUUCUGAAUUGCGUAUCUUUGGCGUACGUUCCACCGACAAGGGCUCCUACACAUGUAUAGCCGACAAUCGUGGUGGCAAGGCCGAAGCAGAAUUCCUUCUACUCAUCAAUGGCGACAACUACAGUGCUCUAGAUGGCACAGGAGGUGCUACUCCCUUUGGUGGUAUGGGCACCACCACCUCCGAUAGAGAGACAAAUAUAUUACUCAUCAUUUGCCUUAUUGUUACCACCCUUUUGUUGCUACUCAUCGUCGUUGUGCUGGUUAUAUGCUGGUAUUGUCGUCGUAUUAAAACGUAUCAGAAGGAUAGUACAAUGCUAAGUGAAAACGGUUUAAUCUCCUCAAAAUUGGACAAAACUCAUAAUGGUUCGAUGCUAGAAGGUUCCGUCAUCAUGGAAAUGCAAAAAAGCCUAUUGACAGAAGUUAAUCCCGUUGAAAAGCCGCCACGUCGUACCGAAUUGGAAAGCAUUGAUGGCGUUGGCAGUAGUACCGAUGAUGGGCAUGAGAUUAAAAAGACUUUGUUGGAUGAAACACAAUUUGGCAAUCACCAUCAUCCGCGAGACGAUGAAACUCAUUCUGUGGCCAUGUCAGAUACAAUAACACCACGUACCCGUCACACAUACAUCGACGAUACGUACGGCACAAGUUUGCCACCCGAUUUAUUAGCAUUUCCAGCCCGUGUGCCACCCAUGUCACCCUCCAUGCAGUCGUCACAGUCGAACAUACCCGAUCAGGUAAUCUACGGCAUACGCUCGCCACCACUCACCAGUCCCGUAUAUGCUCACAUGACUCCCCACGGCAUUUAUGGUACCACCACUAUUGCGGCAGCUACUCCAAAUGGAUUUAUGACGUUGCAACAUCCCAAAUCACGUAACUUAGCACUUAUUGCCGCUGCAAAUAGCAGACAACAACAAUCACCGUUUGUGCCAGCACCAGUUGUGUAUUCGCCUGCAGCUACGGCAUCGGUUGUUAUGAAACAGGGUUACAUGACAAUACCACGUAAACCGCGAGUGCCUAGCUGGGCACCCUCCUCCUCCAAUACGCACUCGACACAGCUAAGUGAAUUUCAAUCACCCACCUCCCCCAAUCCCAGUGAAUCGGGUACAGCAACUACGGGCGAACUAACGGUUGAGCCUGUUUAUGAUAAUUUGGGAUUGCGAACAACCGCUGGCGGUAGCUCGACUCUUAAUUUGAAUAAGAGUCAUUUGCAAGAACCACCAGUACGUUAUACAAUGCGUGAUCGUCCGCUGCCGGCUACGCCCAGUCUCACAUCGGUCAAUUCAAAUCAAGCCCAGCAGCAGCAACAACAACAACAACAGCAGCAGCAGCAACAUUCAAUGUAUCAGCUGCAGCAGCAGCCGCAACAGCAGCAACAACAACCUCAGCAACAGCAUUCAGCCAACAACAUGUCGAAUAAUGCGAAUAAAAUCUACGAACCCCUACACGAGCUGGUCAAUCAACUGCAUCAGUCAACGACAUCCGAUACAGAGCCAUUGUAUGGCACGGCACGACACCACUCUGGCCUGACCAUUGUGCCCAGCAGCAGUAACAUCAACAACAACACAAGUGUUAACAACAACACCUCCUCCUCCGUCACCAACUCACCCUCGAAGAGUGGCAACAGCAGCGCAGAACCCAAGCUGACGAAAAUACCACCAAGACCACCACCCAAGCCCAAAAAGAAAAUGUCCGUAACAACAACACGCAGCGGCCACGGCAGCACAAGUCAACUGUUUGACGACGAAGGUGAAGAUGGCACCGAAGUUUAGUUGAUAAUUCAAGCACCAGACGAUGCUGGUGGUGUUAGCAGUGAUGGCGAUGGUGUAUCUAAUGGUUGCGUCAUUGUUGUCGCCUCCUCUACUUCAUCUUCUGCGUCUUGUUAGCUUGUAAAAACGUAAUGCCUUCCUUUCCAAAUCUAAUGUAACGGUUAAAAACAAACAAAAAGAAAACAUGAAAAGUGACUUAAAAAAAUAUGAAAGACCACCAAUUGUUUUUCUACCCAGCAUGAACAUAUUCGCUCGUUUUGUUCCUAGGAUCUUUAUUCUUAUUUACUUUUUAUCCAAAAAAGUGCACUUUAUUAACUCACCGCUACAACUUGAAUUGCAUUUUACAACAGUAGUAGGGCAAUAAUUAUUAGAAAAUGUUUGAUAACCAUCUCAGCACCAACCAUUAUUCUUCGUAACCCCAAACAAGCAAACCAGCAAACCAACCACACCACCAACACCCAUCAAUGCCACCUUCAAUUUAACUUCAUACAUGAAUCACAUUGAAAAAGUUACACCUAUAAAUAUAUACAUACAUACAUAUAUAUAGUUAUAG